CCGGGGCGGCGAGCCGGGCAGCGCCGGGGCUUCCCGCUGAGGCGCAGUCGCCGGCCGAGUGCGAGCGCCGGCCGCUCGGCGCGCCCCGGCCGGGCAGCGCGGGCCCCGGGGGGCUCUGGGCGCCAAGGAAUUCCUCAGAUCAAAACUAAUUGCAGAGUUCCCGGCUGACCAGCAUUCAUAGGAAUGAAGACAAACUCAGAGAUGGUGUGUCUAAGAAACUUCAAAAGGUGUAGACCUCCUGAUUGAAGCGUGCUUGAUUUGAUUCACUUCUUCAUAACAUUCCUUUUCUCUACAAGGGAGUCAUGAUCACACUAACAGAGCUAAAGUACUUAGCAGACGCCCAGUCAACCUAUCACAUCCUGAAGCCAUGGUGGGACGUCUUCUGGUAUUACCUCACCCUCAUCAUGCUGCUGGUGGCCGUUCUGGCUGGCGCGCUGCAGCUAACCCAGAGCAGGGUCCUGUGUUGUCUUCCCUGCAAGGUGGAGUUUGACAACCACUGUGCCGUGCCUUGGGACCUGCUGAAAGCCAGCGAGAACGCGUCCUCUAACUCGGGCGUGCCGCUGGCACUGCCGCUACGCAUCCAGAACGACCUCCACCGGCAGCAGUACUCCUACAUCGACGCCGUCUGCUACGAGAAGCAGCUCCACUGGUUCGCCAAGUUCUUCCCCUACCUGGUGCUUCUGCACACGCUCAUCUUCGCAGCCUGCAGCAACUUCUGGCUCCACUACCCCAGCACCAGCUCCAGGUUGGAGCACUUCGUGGCCAUCCUUCACAAGUGCUUCGAUUCCCCGUGGACCACACGUGCCCUGUCGGAAACCGUGGCCGAACAGUCAGUGAGGCCCCUGAAACGCUCCAAGUCCAAAACCUUGCUCUCAACCUCGGGGGGUUCUGCCGACGUUGAUGCCAGCAAGCAAUCAUCACCCCACCCACAGCCAGGCCUGGAGUCACCAGGCAUAGAAAGUCCGACUUCCAGCGUCUUGGACAAGAAGGAGGGUGAACAGGCCAAAGCCAUCUUUGAGAAAGUGAAGAGGUUCCGUCUGCACGUGGAACAGAGGGACAUCAUUUAUCGGGUGUACCUGAAGCAGAUAAUCGUCAAAGUCAUCUUGUUUGUCCUCAUUAUAAGUUACGUUCCAUACUUUUUAAGCUGUAUAACUCUUGAAAUCGACUGCUUGAUCGAUGUGCAAGCGUUCACAGGCUAUAAGCGCUACCAGUGUGUCUACUCCUUGGCAGAGAUCUUUAAAGUCCUGGCUUCGUUUUACGUCGUUUUGGUGAUCCUUUACGGCCUGACCUCCUCCUAUAGCUUGUGGUGGAUGCUGAGGAGCUCUUUGAAGCAGUAUUCCUUUGAGGCACUCAGAGAGAAAAGCAACUACAGUGACAUCCCCGACGUCAAGAAUGACUUUGCCUUCAUCCUGCAUCUGGCCGACCAGUACGACCCUCUGUACUCGAAACGCUUCUCCAUCUUCCUGUCAGAGGUCAGCGAGAACAAGCUGAAGCAGAUCAACCUCAACAACGAGUGGACCGUGGAGAAACUGAAAAGCAAGCUCGUGAAAAACUCCCAGGACAAGGUGGAGCUGCAUCUCUUCAUGCUCAGCGGCCUUCCCGAUAACGUCUUUGAGUUAACAGAGAUGGAGGUGCUGAGCCUGGAACUCAUCCCUGAGGUCAAGCUGCCGGCCACCGUCUCUCAGCUUGUCAAUCUCAGGGAACUUCACAUAUACCAUUCAUCCCUGGUCGUCGACCAUCCUGCCCUGACCUUCCUCGAGGAGAACUUGAAAAUUCUCCGCCUGAAAUUUACCGAAAUGGGCAAGAUCCCUCGCUGGGUGUUCCACCUGAAGAACCUCAAGGAGCUGUACCUGUCAGGCUGCGUUCUCCCGGAGCAUGUGAGCACCACGCAGCUGGAGGGCUUUCAGGACUUGAAGAACCUGAGGACCCUCUACCUGAAGAGCAGCCUGUCCCGCAUCCCCCACGUGGUGACGGACCUGCUGCCCUCCUUGCAGAAGCUGUCCCUCGAUAACGACGGAAGCAAACUGGUUGUUCUGAACAACUUGAAGAAGAUGGUCCACCUGAAAAGCCUGGAGCUCCUCAGCUGCGAUCUUGAACGCAUUCCACACUCCAUUUUCAGCCUGAACAACCUGCAUGAGCUGGACCUGAAGGAAAACAACCUGAAGACAGUGGAGGAGAUCAUCAGCUUCCAACACCUUCCCAGCCUUUCCUGCUUGAAGCUCUGGCACAACAACAUCGCUUACAUCCCUGCCCAGAUUGGGGCGCUGUCCAACCUCGAGCAGCUCUUCCUGGAUCACAAUAACAUCGAGAGCCUGCCCUUGCAGCUCUUCCUAUGCACCAAACUGCACUACUUGGAUCUAAGCUAUAACCAUCUGACCUUCAUUCCAGAGGAGAUCCAGUACCUGACCAACCUGCAGUACUUCGCUGUGACCAACAACAACAUCGAGAUGCUACCAGACGGGCUGUUCCAGUGCAAGAAGCUCCAGUGUCUGCUUCUGGGGAGAAACAGCCUGACAGAUCUGUCCCCUCUGGUGGGCGAGCUGUCCAACCUCACCCACCUAGAGCUCAUCGGAAACUACCUGGAGACGCUGCCUCCGGAACUGGAAGGCUGCCAAUCCCUGAAGCGAAGCUGUCUGAUUGUUGAGGACAGUUUGCUCAACACCCUCCCACUCCCUGUGACAGAACGUUUGCAGACGUGCUUAGAUAAAUGUUGACCUAGGGAUCAGACCCACGGCGAAAGCGCUUUUCAAGUGAGGCCCCAGGGCUUAAAGGUAAAUGAUCUCUCCUGAGUUAGGAAGAUGAAAUUGGCUGAUGGUUAUGACACACCAUAACCAAAAAUCUUACCAAAUUAUCCGGUGUCUAAAGCAAGUGGGGAAAAGAUGCCGACACUGGAGUGUGGGGAAUAACUGACCUUUAAAUUAUUUAAGAUAUUGUAAGAAAAAGUAUACACUGAGGUGGACUGAGAGGCAUGCAGUUAGGGAAGCUUUGCCUUUCCAGUCUGUAUCUCUUUUCUCUCCUUUCAGCCCGUUCCUAUUCACACACUUGUUUUCCUGGCUUUCUAGUUUUGAUAUUUAUCUCCAAACCCAUAAAGAUUCAUCAGCAUCAACGUCCUUGCUGUAUGCUCACCAUUGGCUUUGAUUUAUAGUCUUCCAUUUGUUAGCAGGGUGUGUGUGCUUGGCUUACUCCCCACUUCCUUUCUCAUUUGCUGGAAUCUUCUGGUUUUCCCCGAACAUCCCUGGGAGAAUGCUCGCCUUGGCACGCGCCUACGACCAGGAGCCAGGGUUCUGAGGACGUGUGACCCUCUGAGCAGCCUAGAAAUUAACGGGUUCUCAAAAUUGUCUUCUUGUCUGUCAUCCAAGCCUUUUUAAAAUAUGUUAAGAAUUUUUUAUAUGAAGUGUAACAUUUUCUACUGUAUGAUCUCAGAUCUCCAUCUCUGAGGAUACUUUAUAAGGUACAGUGAGCAUGUGCGUCUCUAUAAGAAUUUCCUGAUUCUGGAUUUGAGCCGAUUAUAAUUCUCAUGUUUGUAUGCAUUCUGCUCUCAAAAGGUUUUGUACCCUGCAACUAAUUACUUUUGGAUGACAAAACCUUGUUUUUCCCUCCUAAAGUCUCUGAGGGGUUUCCCUGGGAGAGGACAGCUGCAUCUUUUACCUCUCCUUGGUGUUGUGCAUCCAACCAUACGGGUAGGCAUCUCAGUUACUUACAAACUGCUGGAGGGGAGAGGGCAGGAUCUGGACUGGAAAGUACUCUGUAGAACAAAGCUGCAGGGCGCCCCAGCAUCUACACGGUCUCCCGGUGUGGCUAUGAUGGAAGCUGUCUAUUCUCCAACUAACUGAGCUCAUUGACCUGGCAUCCAUGCCUCUUAACUCCUGAGAUAAAUCUUGCUCCUUUUGACUGAGAACUUUGGGUCUGGCCCUUUAUUAUCGUGCACAUCACUGAAUAAAUAAUGCGGACUGGCUCGCUUUGGAGAAAUGAACACCGCAGUGUGUUUUUCUCUGUUGGGUCUAGGCAUUAUGAACCCACCUCUCUUUGGACAUUCACUAAGUAGCCCAUUAACUGCAUCUACACAAAACUGGGAAACACUAUGGAACAGGAAUCUUCUAAACACGGAACUGUGCCGUGUAGUUUUCCUCUUGAUUUGUUCGAAAUGCCUCUUCUCUUAGCUACCACAUAUGCCUGACAUUCAGAGAAAAGAAUUGCACAGAGGAAACUCAAGUACGGUUAGAUACAAAAAAUAGAUAGAAGGCCCAAAAGCUGCCUAACGCACUAUGGUUGGCAAGGAACAGACUAAAAAUAGACAAAUAGACAUUUUUAACAAAGCUUGCCUUCUUUAGAACGGCCAAGCUGAGAGUCUCAGGGAACUGGGCAUGACAAGGGCAGCUCUCUCUAGGACCCCACAGACUGGUCCUGGUAUAGCCAGGGUUUUCUUAUUUUUACUUUUUGAAAAAGUUAGUUGAUGAUAAAUGUUCUGCUGUAGAAUCAUCACAUGGACCAAUUCCAAAGUUAGCUGGAAUUUUCUCAAGUUUUGAACAUAAAUGUUUUAUGUGAGGGAGGUUUCAAUAUUGUCAACCAUACUUCAUAUGAAAAAGAAAUCCUACCCUCUUUGUAGAAAAGAAAUUCAAAACACAGUUCAGAUUUUCUAACCUUUACCUGACAAGAGAGAACAUCCCCAUGCCUUGCUUACCAGUGCAAGCAUCGCCUACCUCCUCAGAGAAAUUCCCUGGGAGAAUCAAACAUGAGGUACAAGUCCUUUUCCCACACUAGGCUGUACUGCUGGAAACCAUGUAGCUCUUGAUACCACUGUUCUGAGGUGUCUUUUGUAUUUGAUGCUUAGGCAACAACGUUGAAGUAGCUUUUCAAGCUAACGCACACUAAGGCAAUGAACAACCCUCCCAUCCGACUGAUGGAGAUCUGUGUUAGCUCUGGCUUCGCUGCCCUUUGUUGAGAGUCACCUCAUACCUAAGAGAAUUGUAAAUGAAGAAAAUAAAAUCUCCAAAUUAUCGUGAGACUUUCCAAAACCCAAACAUCAAGGAUCGACAGCAGAAUUUUGGCUUAUAGUAUGAUGGAUGGGCUCAUGUCACUUGCGUCCACACCACAGUAUAGACAGACACACGUCUCAUGUUUGUAAAUUUCACUUAGGUUAGUCUAAGAAUAGUCACUUUUUAAAAAUUCAUUACUUUAAUCAUGAGGUAUUCACUUUCCUUCAUUAUGGUAUUUAAAACCAAACACUACCUUGGUUUGCAAAGGCGUGUGUGUUCCCCCAAGUUGGAGCUUUUCCAUCACCUAGGUCAGGGUGGGUCUCUGCAGUAUAUUGAUGCUGCGUUUUCAUUUAAUCUCCUGUGUGUCACCAGAUUCCUCUGUUAAUGAAAAGCAGGUUGAAUCAGGGUACAUGAAAACCUUGGGGUCUCAGUGAUGUGGCAAGCUCUACUUGGUCUGCUUCAGUGUGCUAAUGCAACUUAUGUAUAUAACGUUAUUCCUUGAUGGUGAAAUGGUUCUGCUCAUGUUUUAUAAUUCAGAUGUCAUGUUUAAUUAAAAUAUUACAUUAAUAUUGAUGAGUUCAUUAAAAUUAGCCAAACCCUUUUUUCUGUAGACUUGACAUGAUUUCCCUGUAUUUUCAGUAAAAUGACCUUCCCAUCUUUAUAUUUGAUUCGUGCUGGUCCAUCCACACAGGGUGCGUUCGUCUUCACCACCUCACUGUAGAGAAGCCGUGUAUUUGUGCGGUAGCAAUUGCAGCAACAUCAAGCAUGCUCAGGCCUUCGUUCCUGCUGUAAGAAUCCAGCUUCUGGUCCCUUUGGUUUCAUUGAUGACAUACUGCAUUGGAAUCUGUAUUAGUUUCUAGAGAGUGAAAGAUCAAUUAUAGAGAGAAAGGAAGGCUUAUUUUGCAUCCUGGAGGGGGGAAAUGCAUAAAUUUAGACAGUGUAAACAAGCAACUCCUGCAGAAUGUUCUGGGUGUGGCUGAGGCUGUCUUUACCUGUGUGAUGUGGGAAAGCUGCAGAAGGCCCCCUCCCUGUCUCUUACCCGCAGCUUCAAUGUCCAGGGACAAGUCUACUAUGGACUUCAUAACUAUAAUCUCUUCAGCUUUUUUUUUUAAAAAAAAUGUAUGCACAAUUUCAUCGACAUGGAAGUAUUAACAGAUUAUAUGAGUCAAAGUACUGAGUUGAGAUGGCUUCUCAUCGAACUUAAUUUCAUACAAGUUUUGAAUCUAACACAAAAUACACCAUAGCUGAGAAAAACGAUUUUGAAUGCCUUCUGCAUGUUCAUCAUUUCAACAGACCUGGUGCAGUUUUUAAAAUACAAGAGGUAUAGCGUUAGAAUGGGCUUGGCCUGUGCUUGCAUCUGUCACGUGUCAGUCUUUAUUAUAACACUGCACAGUAAGACCUACAGUUCUGUGCUCCGUUCUAAUAAACAAUGGGCUGAUCUCGAGUGGAGACUCUUUUGUUGGCGUCCAGUGAAGGCUAGCAUUUGUUACUUUAUCUUUGCCAUAUAUUCGGAAAUGUAUAUCUGGGUUUUGUUUCCAGAAUGAAUUACUAGAAAAUGUAAAAUUGCGUUCAAUGUUUUUGGCUCCAUUCUGUAGAUCUGGGUAAAAUCUGCUGUUUUUAAAGUAUCUUUUGUGUAAAAGGAUUCGAUUUUUAUAAUAAAUGGCAAAUAAAUGAUUCAGUGGAAACCAA